AUGUUGUUCGUGAGGAGUUGGUUGACUCCACGGCAACUACGACGCUUGCUCUCGUGUUGGUCGUGCAACGCGGCUUCACAAGAGGUCAUCUGCUCCCAGUGCGGCAAGAUACAGCCUCCUCAGCAAGAGGUCAAUUAUUUCAAAGUUCUGCAUCAGGAGGAGAAGUUCACCUUGAGAGCACAAGACCUGCAGAAGAGGUUCAGAGACAUGCAACGAGUUCUGCAUCCGGACAAAUUCGCGAAUUGCUCGGAGAAAGAGAAGAACUUUUCGGCAGAUCAGUCGGCACUAGUCAAUCAAGCUUACCAGGUCUUGCUCAAGCCAAUCCAGAGAGCGACCUAUCUGCUGCAGUUGAAAGGCAUAUCGUUGGCCGAAGUGCAACUGUCACAGGAAUUCCUUCUGGAGAUGAUGGAGUUCAACGAGGAAAUCGAUCGAGCAGAUGACUCGAAGAGGGAGGAGCUGCUUGGACAGAUCGCCGAGUUCGAAGAAUUGGCGAUGGCAGAACUCCAGGAGCACUUUGCCAACAAGAAACUCAGCGAGGCGUCAGAGAGUUUGGCGAAACUGAAGUACUUUGAAAACCUCAGGAACCGGUUAAGUUGACGCGCGACGGUCGGGCUAGCUCGAUCUUUGUUGAUACAUCCGAAACUAAUAAAAAAACUCCGAACAGAACAAGAGA